AAUGCGCACAAAGCCCUUCCUGUACCCUCUCUCUACUGUAUUCAUACGUAACGUGCCUUUGUGCACCAUUACGACGCGACCCCAAUGGCCUCGUUGCAACUCUAGAAUUUAGUGCUAAUACGGGAACAGGACAGCCGUGAUCGCACACACAGCUCGUUUCCACAUGCGUCCGGGGCUGACAAGUAUAGCGGCGGAGAUGCUGAGCGGUGCUACCUGCAGGGCCGGGCCGAGGCUCGGCAGCCUCCUGCUGGACCCCCUCACCAAAACAGUGCCGCUGAUGUCAAGCACGGGAAGCCGCAGAUUUCGGUCUACGUCCUCGAUGCAGGGGUUCUCAGAGAUGGCAAGAGAGCGGUCGAAGACUGUUACGUCGUUUUACAACCAGUCCGCAAUUGACGUUUCCGCAGAAAAGGCCUCAGUGCGACUGACCUUAGCAACCCUGCUGUAUUCUGGGAAGUCUCCCGAUGGACACCACGUCUUGAGCAGUGCCAAGUACCUACACAAGGAGCUGCCUGUCCGAAUCUCCCAUCGCAUCAAGGGCUUCCGCAGUUUGCCCUUCAUCAUUGGCUGCAACCCCACCAUUCUGCAAGUGCAUGAACUGUACAUCAGAGCCUACCAUAUGCUCAGUGACUUUCCCCCAAUCAAGGAUCAGGACGAGGAGGCCCAUUUCUGUAAACUGGUGCAGCAGCUGCUGGACGACCACAAAGAUGUGGUCACCAUGCUGGCCCAGGGCUUCAGAGAGUGUCGCCGACACAUCCAGGACGAGGCGAUCAUCCGCAGCUUCCUGGAUACAACACUGUGCUCUCGUCUGGGAAUCCGAAUGUUGGCCACGCACCACCUCGCCCUCCACGAGGACAAUCCUGAUUUUGUUGGGAUGAUAUGCAGACGACUCUCGCCGAAAAAGAUCGUUGAGAAGUGGGUGGACUUUGCCAGGCGCCUGUGUGAGCACCAGUACGGGAACUCGCCCAGAGUGAGGAUCAACGGACACGUAGCCGCUCGCUUCCCCUUCAUCCCUCUGCCUCUGGAUUACAUCCUGCCUGAGCUCCUCAAAAAUGCCAUGAGGGCCACCAUGGAAAGCCAUCUGGACACCCCAUACAAUGUGCCUGAUGUGGUCGUCACCAUUGCCAAUAAUGACAUUGAUUUUGUCAUCAGGAUUUCAGACCGUGGCGGCGGCAUUCCUCAUAAUAUUAUAGACAAGGUGAUGGACUACCACUUCAGCACGGCCGAGGAGAGCGCACAGGAUCCCCGCAUGAGCAACUUCUUCAACAACAUUACCAACAGUGGAAACCAGUCCAGCCCUAUGCAUGGGUUUGGUUUCGGCUUGCCCACGUCCAGGGCCUACGCUGAGUACCUGGGUGGUUCUCUGUCCGUACAGUCUAUGCAGGGCAUCGGCACUGAUGUCUACCUUCGUCUGCGCCACAUUGACGGCAAAGGAGAGAGCUUCCGAGUCUAAAGCUUUGGUCAUCCUCGUAGAUCCCAACCUGGGGAAUCUGGCCAUGCACAAGUAUAGCGCGUUCCCUACCAGGACGGCUGGCAUGGACUACAGGACUUUGGUCCACAAAGUGAUAGCCUACACACAGUAUGUUGUCAGAAAACUCCCAAAUUCCCCAACCCACUACUUGUUUUUUGUUUUGUUUUUGCCUUUCUGAUUAUAAGCUAUGUUAGCUCUCAAGUUGAUGAUUAUAGUUGUUUUUUUCUCUGUUUUGUACUCUGUGUCAUGUUAUCUUGAAGAACAGGAGUAUACAUUUUUGAAUGUUUAGGUUAUCGGGACAAACUGUGCAUGAUAGUGGACAUUGACGUUAAUGUGGAAGGAAGGAAAAGAAGCAAGAGCUUCAGUUUUAAAGAAGUUCACUUAGAAGUUUCAUAGCCUCAAAAUAAGGACAGACAUUUUGAUAAUUCAGUGUUUCAAAUAUGAUUUCUGAGACACUCCAGCAAUCCUGUCAAAAUCUCCUCUAAUGGCACAAAGUUGCCCACAUGUUUCACCAUGAUCCAUGUAGUCUGAAUAACAGGACCCUUGCGGUACAUUAUCAGCUGUUUGUAUCUAAAUCGAAGGUCUACAAGGGAAAACCGCAGUACACAAGUAUAACUUAAGUGCUAAAGCAUGUGCUGUAAAACCUCAACUCUUGACAAACCAUAGUGAUAUUCUAAAAAAAAAAAAAAAAACUAUCUUGAGUUCAGCUCAGAAAAAA